AUGUCAAGUAGCGCUCCCGCCAGAAGACCGUCCGCGCCUGCCUCUACGGUAAAUGGAGGACCCUCCUCCCCCCGGCGCCGGCCUGGCUCCUCUUCCGGCACUCCGAGUCCCUCAUCGAGCUCCAAGCCCAUACCGAUCGCACGGGGUACGAAGGGAACACAGACAUACAAUGGCAGAGGGCCGCUCUACAAAUUUCCACGGGCAGCCACCUUUGGCCAACAGACCCCUCCAUUGUCAGAAAGAGACAGCAUCUUUGCGGAUCACUAUGUGUCCCCCCAAACCGACCCUUCCUCUCCCAUCCAAGGAGUGAAUCGGACCCCUUCUCCAAAUACCACGCGUGGUGUUCCUUACAAUAUCUCCACCGUCGCCGCCCGUUCGGUUUCUUCUCCAGAAACGCCUAAAAUCUCCCGUCCUCAUUCCCCUAGGAAGGUCGAAUGGCUGGACAGAUCCGAGUCUACCAACGAGAAAGACAGUAUCUCUCUACCGCCGUCUCGGCCUUCCAUCGGCACGAUACAAGGCAUCAAAAGAACAGCAUCUGAUGGGCAUUCAUGGGCUAAGAAAUUUCAUGUCACCGUGGGAUCUAUGGAAGGGCAAGACGGCCAGGCCCACGAGGAUAAACAACAUCAUGAAGGACCGCUGCCAGAUGCACAGAGUUCCUCGGAGCAUGAAAGUCCCCACCAUGCUGUGGCCGAGACGAGUGAUUCUUUAAGAGCGGCGUUGAAAGAAGGACCUCGUACUGAGCGCAGUGUGAGUCGUGGUCGGGCUCACGUUGACAAGAGUAUCGAAGCUACCGUGAAGAAUCCGGAGACUGGCGGCACGGCUCGGAGCAGAAAGGCAAGCCACAUGAUGGGUAUUUUUGAUCCUCGAUCCGGCACGCCGAAACCUGUCCAUACACCUAACGAACGUACCGUCGAGGCCGGUGAUAGUAGAGAGCCUCUGAAACCCUCGUCUUAUCCUGAAGGGCCUGGCUCCCGAGACCUGCUGGCUCAUCGAGGGUCCGAAGACUUCGUCGGCUCUGCACUCCAGUCGACCAAAAGUGCUGGUCUCCCGGACAGUCGCAGAGCUUUGGGCCCUCCCUCACCCCAGAAGCACGACCAUGACCCAUAUUUCCGUCAACAAGAUCUUGCCCAGAGGCCGCAUCUCCCUACCUCUCUACUACAGGAAAUCCGCAGUUCAUACCGAACGGACAGGCCGGAGAAGGCCUCGCUUAAAACUCGAGACGAAUCGGUUAUACAAGAGCAACAGCCCUCCUUCGACACCUUCACCAUCCGUCCUUCCGAAGGACGCGACGACGACGAGGAACGUAUAUCCGCUGCUGUCUAUUAUCCUCAUCCAGGUCCGUCGCCCGAAGAGAUAGAACAAUUCACGUCUCCUGGUGAGUUGGGCCUCGCCAUUGGGAAGCGUGAUGAAGUUCGAAAACCGGCCGUGGAGACAACGACAUCUUCCAGUAACAAAGGAGCCGAACUGUCGCGAGGUCCUGCACAUAUUGACAUCUCAGUUGUGUCCAAGAAUGAGAAGAAGAUCUUUCAUGGCAAUUACCAGCCUAUAGACGAGGCAGCAUCAGACCGGCCGACUCCAGCUUUGUCCCCCGUGGAAGAAGUUCCUCCCAGUGUAGUGCUUAGCACAUCGGAAUCCGAGUUUGAGUCCGGGGAUGAUUUCGGUCAGCAGAGUCAGUAUGAUGACAUGGCCACUACGCCGACCCACCAGAAUACCCUUUUCAAAAAUACUGCCGAAGCUCCUGUCCCUAAUACGAAGGCAAAGGUUGUGCUGGAGCCCUAUAAGCAUCAGGUCGGAGGUCACUCGACAAUUUUCCGCUUCUCACGCAGAGCCGUCUGCAAACAGCUUAAUAAUAGGGAGAAUGAGUUCUACGAAAGAAUUGAGCAGAGGCAUCCCGACAUGCUCAAGUUUCUUCCCAGAUAUAUCGGUGUACUCAAUGUCACCUUCUCGAAAGUACCCAAGCAGGCCCAGAAUUCCGAACCCAAGACCGGAGACGCGUUAGGGGCGGCGCGUCUCAGCUCCAGUGAACAACAACCAACUGACAACAAUAAAAUGGCGUGCAUCGAUGCUAUGACAGAGGUCUCAGCCCCUUUUGAGAAGCCACGAAUAGUUAGCCACUCGCAGCAGCUAGGCAGUAUCCCACAAGUGAUCUUGGAACAAAACAAGCACAUCAUUCCUUCGGAUUAUUUCGCUUUACCAGAGCGACCUAGAACUGCUGACCCAAAUCACGGACGUCGGCAUAGCAAGGAUCUCGGCUUGUCUCAGUUAGGGCUACGAGACGCGGAGGAAGCCAGAAACUUUCCACACCGGCCGGCAAUGCCAGAACAUUCUAGCAGUUGGGGAAACACCUCGGUCAAUGAAGGAUUGAGGGACAAAAUCCUCCGGGAAGUCUUCGGACCACCGCCGAUUCAGUACUAUCGCAGGCACCUCCCUUCGCACAGCACGGUGCCGAGGUUGAAAAGUCAUCCAAGUUCUCGAAGAAGAAGAAGCAACCUGUCAGUGAAUUCGAUACCAGGCGAGGAGAUCAAAUAUUCGGACAAGUCAAGAGAUCAAUCACAAAGACCGAUUCAGAGCCACCAAAACGCAGACACGCAGACACUCGGCCAAAAUCAUGCGGAUGGAGAUGAUUCUGCGAAUGGCCUGUACUCGUCUUCGGUCUCUACUCUGGACUCGAUCAAAUAUAACCUUGAAAAAGUUAAGACGACAGGCAGUGACGUGUCAAACAUGACCAUCGUGUCCAGUGCAGAAAGCAAAACGUAUGUGAAGCGACGUCACUCGGGCAUGGGCCUCCGGCGGAGACGACAAUCUGUUAAUGACAAAGAUACUCCUGACCUUGAAUAUUUUGAGGAUGAGGCCUACGCCACGGAUGUUGGUCCUGACACCGGCAAGGAGGCGUUCUCCCUAGAUCGGACUAAGCCAACAGAUCCGGGCCAUAUGAAUCGCACCAAGUCUGAAAUUUCUCAGGGGAUACAAGAUGUCGGUAACCCCAGUGCAUCAACGGUCCAGCCAGACACCGGCAGUGGACUCGGAAUACAAGUUCAAACAGAAUUGGUCCCAUCCAAUCCCAAAGAUGCUCAAUCUUCAAGUAGUGGCGACCGGGUAGUCUAUUUUCUUCUUUUGGAAGAUCUCACCAGUGGUAUGGGACGACCUUGUGUACUCGAUCUGAAGAUGGGGACGAGACAAUUUGGCGUAGAAGCCAGUAAGAAAAAAAUGGAGUCUCAACGGCGCAAAUGCAAAACAACCACGUCGCAACAGCUGGGGGUUAGGAUCUGUGGUAUGCAGACCUUUGAUGCCAAAGCACAGAAGGUCACAUAUGAGGAUAAAUACUACGGCCGUGAUCUCAAGGCCGGGCGCGAAUUUCGCGAGGCCCUCACCAGGUUCUUGUACGAUGGAGUCAGCUAUGAUAGUGUGGCUCGCCACAUCCCGACCAUCUUGCACAAGCUGUCCAAACUGGAGAGCAUGGUGCGACGACUACCUGGAUAUCGAUUCUAUGCGAGUUCUCUCCUGAUGUUGUACGACGCAGAGCCUCACAAAUCUCGUGAAGCAGAGGAGGCAGCCAGGAACGGGAUCGACAUUGCUCAGUUGAAGAAAAAAGAGGGCAAGAAAUGGCCUCCGCCUAUUGAGAUCAAGAUUGUGGAUUUUGCAAAUUGCAUCACCGGCGAGGAUGAACUUCCUCCUACGGCCCAGGCGCCUCCGUCGCAUCCGCGUGAUGUUGACCGAGGAUAUCUGCGAGGCUUGAGAACUCUCAGGGCAUACUUUGAGCGCAUUUUGAGCGACAUCAAAAACAAAGAUAUCCAGGCGACCGGUGGCAGAGGAGAAGAAUUGACGGCGGCGGUUGAUGAAUGUAGCAGAGUUUUAUCGAAUUCCAGCAACGGCAUUGAAGACGACGACGGUGAGGUCAGCGUCUAG